ACUAGAGAUGCACAAACAUUGAUUAAGUUUGUGGUUUGAAACAUACAGACUUUAUACUGCUUGUAUGCUGAUUUGUUUUCAUUUUAGGCAUGUUGUUUAAGUAUUACUGAUCAUUUAAGCAUGGAUUCUUCUGAUGUUGUUGCAGAGCAGUUUCUUUUUAAUGAAUCAGCAAAUGUGCCUGAUAUAACUGCAGUGACUAUUUCAUAUCUAUUAUGUAUUUUUGGUGGCUCUUUGUCAGUUCUCAUAUUAUUUGGAAACCUUCUUGUUAUAAUCUCCAUUGUUUACUUCAAACAGCUCCACACUCCUACAAACUACCUGAUGCUCUCUCUGGCUGUGGCUGACCUUCUAGUUGGAAUUUUAGUUGUGCCUUUUAGUAUCGUGCUCUUUGUGAAAUAUUGGUAUAUUGAAGAUUUACUUUGUAAGGUACGAGGCAGUUUAGAUGUGUUACUGUGCAAUUCUUCCAUUGUGAACUUGUGCUUCAUUUCUGUUGACAGAUAUUACGCAGUGUGUCAGCCUCUGAGAUACAGAAUUAAAAUAAAUGUCCGUGUUGUUGGAAUCAUGAUUCUGGCGUCCUGGACUAUUGCUACUCUAAAUGGAAUUAUUUACAUGUUAAAGACCCCAGACAAAGGACAAAAAAAUGACAGAUGUUUUAUAUUUCAACAGAAAUCGCAGAGUUCAAUAGUUGUGGCAAUUUUUAUUGCAUUUGGCUUCCCAGCUAUUUUGAUGUCUUUAAUCUACCUAAAGAUUUUGAUGGUGGCACAGAAACAGGCACGCAGCAUCCAGAGCAUGGCAAAAUCUACUGCAGCUGUCAGUAAAGUGGAGAGAAAGGCGACUAAAACUCUGGCUAUUGUGAUGGGGAUUUUUCUCAUGAGUUGGACGCCUUUCUUUCUCUGUCUCAGCUUUCAUCCUUUGAGCAAUUCUACAAUACCAGUUCAUGUCCUUCAGUCAUUUAAGUGGCUUGGAUGGUCAAACUCAAUGUUCAAUCCAUUUAUUUAUGCUUUCUUUUACAGCUGGUUUCGAUCAGCUUUUAAGAUGAUCAUUACAGGGAAAAUAUUUACAGACAAUGUUUCUAAUUCUAAACUCUCUUGAUUCAUUAUAUGAUUUACUGACUGAUUUGAGUGAUCAGGUCUGGCACUAAGGAUGAAUAUAUUAUGUCUCAUAUCUCUGUAUUCAUCUCAUAUGUUGAUACAAAUUCCAUCUGUACUAUGUAGUUACUGUCUGUUUUUGCAACACAAUCUAUAGAAAGCCUCUUGACAAAUGGCUAAUAUGUGAGGUGUUGUCUCUGUCUUUAACUUUGUGAUGGGUCAGUUCCUUUAUAAACCUAAUAUUUAUCUCUUUUAAUGUGUUUGCUGUUAUCGUCAUUGUUUUUGUCACUGUCAAUGUUAUUAGUUGUCCAUGACCUUAAAGGUCAAAUGGUAACAAGUAAGCUAUAUUUAAAUUUUCAUAAGACAGUAUUAGUUGUCACUUCUUGCUGCAAAGGAAGGAGCACUAACCAUUACACCAACUGUCUGGCAAAAUUUUGACAUAACAACCAUAAUUCAAUGUGGGCAUCACAUACAAGUAAAUUCACAAGUAGAGCAGGGGUGUCAAACUCUGGCCCACGGGCCAAAUUUUGCCCACAGUCUAAUUAUAUUUGGCCCGCGAGGCCAUAACGAAUGACCACUGGAGUUGACCCGCCGGUAUUAUACAGCACCUGUUUCUCUAAUAUACAUGUGUCAAUAUCAAGCGCCCAGGACAGAUGUGGCCAACCACGUCAUUUUAUGUGGCUGCGAGUGCUUCAUUGAUCUUAAAAAAAGU